GUUUGUGUGUUUCAGUGACGGAAGGUGACGACACCCCCGCCACCCCCAACCGCCCCCCCCCCUCCCUGCAGUCUCCCGUUAGCGUCCACGAAGAGCGAGCAGGUCCAGCGCUGUAUUAUGUCAACCGUGCGGAAUUUUUGCGACAACGAGGCACUUUAAAGCGGCCACGCCGACCCAAAGCCCCAGUCUACAUGCUGGCUGUUAAGUUUGGUGUGCACUCGCUGCCAACAACGAGGCGCUCUAGGGUGAAGAUUGCCAGCCAACUACACUACCAGAAGAGUCUUGCCUUCCAAGCGCCACGAGAGCAGCGCCACGUUGCUUGGUCUCCGAUGGCACCGCCGCCUGGCACCGCGCCCCUCGUUCAGAGGCACACUGUCGGUGUUCCAAGUGCGCCAUGACGCCGCACCAUUUCAAAAGCGUCCCUUCCUGCGUGCGAUUUGUGCGGUAACGACGAUCGUGACGUGCAAAAAGUGUCUCGCCACCCACCCGACUCGCCAUCUUGAGUCACCAAUGGCCCUCUGAGGGAAGCCGGAACGACAAUGUGGCCCGCAGGAAAAAUGAGUUUGUAAUUGCGGGUGGCCAUUAAGGUGAUUGACAAGAAAAAAGCGCGUCAGGACCCUUACGUCCAAAAGAACAUGAAGCGGGAACCUCGCAUCCACCAGAUGAUUCGACACCCAAACGUCGUCGUCCUGCUGGAGACCCUGGAGACGGAGAACGGCUACUACAUGGCCAUGGAGUUGUGCGGCGGCGGCGACCUGAUGGAGCGAAUCUGCGACAGGGAGCGUCUGCCGGAGAAGGAGGUCCGACGAUACGCACGGCAGAUUCUGUCGGCGGUGGCGCACCUCCACCAGCGAGGCGUCGUGCACAGGGAUUUGAAGAUUGAGAACUUCCUGCUGGACGAGCACAACAACAUCAAGAUCGUGGGUACGUCCGCGGAGCGUCGCGAAGCGUCGGAGAGCGACAAAAGCCGCCGACCUCUUGGCUUUCCGCUCGCAGACUUCGGCCUGAGCAACACGCUGAGGUCGGACUCGUUGACUCCGGAGCUGCUCAGCACCCAGUGCGGAAGCCCCGCCUACGCCGCCCCCGAGCUCCUCGCCCACAGGAAGUACGGACCCAAAGUUGACGUCUGGUCCGUAGGCGUGAGCGUGUUCGCCAUGCUGACGGGCACGCUGCCGUUCGCCGUGGAGCCCUUCAACAUCAAGCAUCUGCACCACAAGAUGGUGGACGGCGACAUCGCGGACAUACCCGGCGACGUCAGCAAAGGCGCGGUGACGUUCGUGCUGUCCCUGCUGGAAGCCGACCCCGACAAGAGACCCGGCGCCCGAGCCGCCAUGGAGGGGCCCUGGAUCAACGAGGGCUACGCCAAGAGGCCGCCGCGCUCGCCCUCGCGCGACAACGUGGUGGCGGUGGAGAAUCGGGCCCGGCAAAAGCCGUCAAUGCAGAGCGGCGAGGACGCGGACGCAUCAGUGCUGGCAUACAUGACGGACACGCUGGGCUACUCGGUCGCAGAGGUCGCGCGGACCCUCGCCCAGAACCGACCCUCCGCCGUCAUGGCCACCUACCACUUGCUGCUCGCCAAGAUCAAGAGGAGCCGCGGGUGCGCUGAGAGCCACCGCGUCACGGUCAAAAAGGCGCCAAGCAGACGUCCCAAAGCAAACCGACAAAUGGCACAGCGGCGCCGCGGUGCCGCCGGAGUCCAGCAGCCGCCACGAGGAGACGGCAACGAUGACGAUGACAAAGCGCUGUCUUCCUUCAUCCCCUCACUCAGACGCCAGCUCGGAGACGUGGGAGCUUCUGCCAGGGAGGCUCUGCUGCAUCUUGAUGCCUUGCCAACAAAGAACCAAGUGGUCCAUCUUUCUCCACCUAAAACCACCGCGUCGCACCUGUGUGACUCCGCCCCUUGCCACACCCGCUCACCCACCGAUCCAUUGGGAGACGGCGCCGCCUCCAUGCCGGUCCGACCGACGCGGCAGCUCGUCGGAAAACCCCGCUGGGAUGACGGCGGCGGGCGUCCUGCGGAGGCUGUCCUGAGGAUUGCAGGGCCGCAGGAGAGCCCCGCUACUCCCAGAAUGCACCUGGAGGCCACGGAGAGAGCUCCGCCUACCACGCUGCCACACCUACAUAACGGAGGGCUAAAGGAAGGGGUGGACAAGAAAGUUUCCUUGGUCCACCUGAGCCCAUCUGAGCCCUCUGGACUACAAGUGAGCGGGUCCAAAACUCCCACUUUCGCCUCGCAGAAAAACGCUUGGGGAGCAAAGAACACAAAGGUGGCCGGAACCAAGAGGAACUCGGUUACCGGGAUCCGCUCGACUCCACCGCGACGGAUGACGGAGCUCGGUCUGCCGCUACUUCCUGCCGUGCUGCAGCGGAAGACGGACAGGAAGAUGCGGAGCAUGGACUACUGAUGCGCAAUUGGCAAAAAGUCUCCCCCCCCCCCCCCCUCCAAAAAAAAAAAAAAAAAAGUUGUCAACGGGCAGGAGGCGGGGAACACCCUGAACAGCCAAUCGCAGGGCACACCGAGACAAACAGCCACACUCACAAUCACACCUCGGGGCAAUUGACCCCUCCGUACAGGGCACUUAACCCGAACCCUCCUGAAGUGACGUCACGCCACGUGCGCUCACGUAAGACAAACAGUAAAAAUGGCAAAUACAAUACAAUAAAUUCUUAACUGAGAGAGACUCCAUGCUCCUGAUUUCAUUCAAUCAUUCACACGUAGCAAUGUUAUGCUAGCGGAGAACGUCUCAUUCAUUUCUACGAGACGUGUAUUAAAAAUCAAAUUUAGGGCAUAUCUUCGUGAAAACACAGUCUGGUUAAGAUUCUGGCCGCGAGCCAGCAAGAAAGCGACACGUUUGCGCAGUCCGAUCAUCGCUAAAUAUCGCUCAACAAAGAAUAAGUGUGGCAAUCGUUCACACGCAGCAGUGUUAUGCUGGCGAAGAACUUCGAAUUCAUUUAUACGAGACAUGUAUUGAAAAUCAAAUA